UGGCCACAUUAUUCUCGUCUCGCCCACCCGCUUUAGCUCCCAGGGUUGGAAUCGGCCGCAGAAAGCGGCGUAAGUGCGUUAACAAUGUUGUCAUUAGCUGCCCACACUCACGCCAUUCUCACUCUUCCCGCUUUCAAUGUCCCCCGAAGCACUCGCCGCCAACUAUGUCUCGCUGUAUUAAGCCAACGCUUGCGUUUACUCAAACAGACCCCAAACCCAAAGCCCGAGCCAUAUUUUAAAAUAUUCAAAUCUUCUACCUCUGUUUCUUCGUGCUCAAGCCGUACAAUGGUUUCCCUUUGUGCCGUUGCAGAACCGUUGCUCUACCCGACUGCUCGCAGGGACGAGUCCGUCGUCGACGACUACCACGGCGUUAAGUUCGCAGACCCUUAUCGAUGGCUUGAGGAUCCUGACGCGGAGGAAGUGAAAGAGUUUGUGCAGAAGCAGGUGAAAUUGACUGAAUCGGUGCUCGAGAAAUGCGAGUCGAGAGAGAAGCUUCGCGAGAAGAUCACAAAACUCUUCGAUUAUCCGCGUUACGAUGCGCCUUUCAGGCGAGGGGACAAGUACUUUUACUUUCACAACACUGGGCUUCAAGCCCAAAACGUCCUCUACGUACAGGAUAGCUUGGACGGAAAACCUGAAGUAUUGCUGGAUCCAAAUGUGCUUAGUGAAGAUGGAACUGUCUCUUUAAACAUGCUUUCGGUUAGUGAGGAUGCCAAGUACUUGGCUUACGGGCUUAGUACGAGCGGUAGCGAUUGGGUGACAAUCAAAGUAAUGCGGGUUGACGACAAAAAGGUUGAAGCUGAUACUUUAUCAUGGGUUAAGUUUUCGUGUAUUAGUUGGACACAUGAUGGCAAAGGGUUUUUCUAUAGCCGAUACCCUGCUCCCAAAAAAGGAGAUAAUGUAGACGCUGGGACGGAGACUAAUUCUAACCUUUACCAUGAGUUAUACUAUCAUCUCUUGGGCACGAAUCAAUCUGAAGAUAUUUUAUGCUGGAGAGACUCUGAAAAUCCGAAAUACAUGUUUGAAGCUGAUGUUACAGAUGAUGGGAAGUAUGUUCUUUUGUACAUUGAGGAGGAUUGUGACCCUGUCAACAAAUUUUAUUACUGUGAUCUGUCUGUACUUCCUAAUGGACUUGAAGGUCUGAAGGGAAAAAAUGAUUUGCUCCCAUUUAUUAAGCAUAUUGAUGAAUUUGGUGCACAGUAUCGUGUGAUUGCAAAUGAUAACACGGAAUUUACUUUUCGAACAAAUAAAGAUGCACCAAAGUAUAAGUUAGUUCGAGUAGAUCUGAAGGAACCAACUGUUUGGAGUGAUGUUAUCCAAGAGGCAGAGAAUGAUGUACUUGAAUCAGCUUGUGCCGUUAAUGGUAACCAAAUGAUUGUGAGAUACUUGAGUGAUGUUAAGUAUAUUCUGCAGAUAAGGGACUUGAAGUCAGGUUCCUUCCUUCAUCAGUUACCCAUUGACAUUGGGACAGUUUAUGGGAUUUCUGCAAGGCGUGAAGAUAAUAUUGUUUUUAUUGGGUUUACAAGCUUUCUUAGCCCUGGUAUUAUUUAUCAGUGCAACUUAGAAGCUGGUGUCCCUAAGUUGAAGAUAUUUCGUGAAAUUGAUGUUCCUGGGUUUGAUCGCUCGGAGUUUUAUGUUGAUCAGGUUUUUGCCACCAGUAAGGAUGGUACCAAGAUACCAAUGUUCAUCGUGGCCAGAAAGAAUAUUCUUUUGGAUGGAUCACACCCUUGUUUGUUAUAUGGAUAUGGUGGAUUUAAUGUUAGUCUUACGCCAUCAUUCAGUGUUGGUCGUAUUGUACUCACAAGGCAUCUAGGCACUGUUUAUUGCAUAGCAAACAUUCGUGGCGGUGGAGAGUAUGGAGAGGAAUGGCAUAAAGCAGGCUCACUUGCAAAGAAGCAGAACUGCUUUGAUGACUUCAUUUCUGCUGGCGAAUACCUUAUAUCUGCUGGUUAUACCCAGCCCAAGAAGUUGUGUAUUGAAGGUGGAAGCAAUGGUGGGCUUCUUAUAGGGGCUUGCAUAAAUCAGAGACCUGAUCUUUUUGGUUGUGCUUUGGCUCAUGUCGGGGUUAUGGACAUGCUGCGAUUCCAUAAGUUCACCAUAGGCCAUGCAUGGACUUCUGAUUUUGGUUGUUCAGACAAAGAGGAAGAGUUCCAUUGGCUAAUCAAGUAUUCUCCACUGCAUAAUGUCAGGAGACCUUGGGAACAGCAUCCGGAUCAACCUUCCCAGUACCCACCCACAAUGUUAUUGACUGCUGAUCAUGAUGAUAGGGUUGUGCCAUUGCACUCAUUGAAGUUAUUGGCGACCAUGCAAUAUGUUCUUUGCACGAGCUUGGAGAAGAGCCCCCAAGUCAAUCCUAUUAUCGGUCGCAUCGAGUGCAAGGCCGGACAUGGGGCUGGACGUCCUACACAGAAAUUGAUUGACGAAGCUGCUGACCGUUACGGUUUUAUGGCGAAGAUGUUGGAUGCUUCAUGGAUCGACUAGAUGCAAGGGCGCAUGUGAUCAUGGAAGCCUCAUGGAUUGAUCUAUUGGAUGCAUACAAGAUUAUGAAGACUUGACGAUCAAAUCUUUUGUUGUUCAUCUUUCUUAUUUACAAAUAACAUCCACAACAAAGAAAAUUAACCACACACAUGCAAUAUUAUCUUUUUGAAAUUUUAUAUGAUGAUUAUUAGAAAUUAACUGUAACUGGUCUUGUAGGCUAUUC